AUUCACUUCCGGUUUGUCUCUCAUUUACUUGCCCUUUUAGGAUCCAUCCAUUGGCCAGCUGGUUCAUACGGGAUACCCAAAGCUGCAUCCGGGUGUCCAGGUGCUAAUGGAUUUCAGUGGCUCAUUGGGAGGAGAUAUCAGGAUACCGAAGAUAGCAAUCCUAACAACCAUAAAUCACCGCAAUUCCAUCUUGACGCAACUGUGGACAGCAAAAGGGGCAUUAUCCGCUCUUUCUGCAUGAAAACAGACACAUCAACUGAUAUGACACGAGGCUCAUGGCCUCCAGGUACAAAGUUAGUUCACCGUAAAAGAACGCGGACGUUGCGCUCAUUUUAGAUCCCCUGUCUCCAUCUGUGCUUCAUUUACGUUAAAAAUACUUUACAAAACACAAUUGGGAAUUCAUCAUUUUCACUAAAACCAUAUUGAAGCUUUUUUACCCUCCAAAAUUUUACAUCACCGUUAUCUUCGAUUUCUCUUUAGACGACUGUGAUACCCAGGAAAAACUGAAAUUUGGGAACUAGGGGUUAACAAAGUGCAAUUUGGUCAUCGAAAAUGAUGAAAUGAUUUCGGGACACCUAACACGUAAGGCAGCGCACUAAAAUUAUCCAAUAAAACGCUAAAGAGUAUUAAUACCUUUCUUUUACAUGGAAUAUUCAGGUAAAUACUGCAUUUACAAGAAAGGGGGUUCCUGUCCAAUCAGUCUCACAUCAGGAUAUAUCAAAUGGGACGAUGAGGACAAUAACAACAAAAACAACCAAACCGGGACACUUCCUGAUGGCGUAUACGAUCGCAACACAAAGAUUGAAUUUUGUUGUAGAACAGAUGGAGAUAAAAACAAUCCCAUCUCUCUCCCCACCCUCAAGCCAUUUUUCCUGCUAGCUUAUGAUUCCGCUGAAUGCCAGCAGGUGAGAUGGGCGGUGGUAAGUGUGGAGUGGAUACGGUUUGAUAAUGAAGAUUCUAGUAACGCAGACGACCAAGGAGGGUCACAUCCUCAUGGUGCUGGAAUUGAUAAUCACAAAAUUCAUUACUGUUAUUAUCAAGGUAAGCAAUUUGAAAUGUUGGACGCAUUAUAUUCUCUCAAAAAACCUUAUACAAAGGUCCAUCUUACAAUUCAAAAUGUCAAUUAGUCAGCAUACUUGAAGAACGAUUCUUAGAUUACAUAACUGCUAAAUCUAGCCUAGAUAGUGUCAACCUUGUUCCCAGGGUUUUCUUUUACUCGGCCUCCGGAGCUCGAGGGGCAGACCCUGGGAAAGAGGUAGAGAUAAUGUUUGCCUUUGCAGUCAGCUAUUUCACUCAACGAAACCUUUCUCCGCUUUUCUCUAUGGUUUGCUUCUUGCGGGAUUUCAUAUCAAUAACUGAACGCCAUUUAUCUUUUCAAAGCCAACAUCUCAGCUGCAGAAGAAAGUUUACCAUUUGGACAAACACCAGCUCCUUUGAAACAUGCUUAUUUGAGCUUGUUCCUCUCUGACAUCUUGCGGCAAGUUCAGAACCACAACCGCAAGAUUUGCUCGUUGCAAUCAAGAAGAAAAAGUACUGUAAGAGAGUUACAGAACGUUCUUUACUUAAGAGAAGUGGAGAAAAGGAAUCUUAAUUGUAUUUGAUGUGCUACAAUGGUUAUUGAAAAUAUACAGGCCCUUCUAACAUUCACGCCCAGGGUUUGUGACUUUUUUCCAGGGUGCAACGAAACGCUAACGGGAUUGAACGGCACCUUCCACUCUCCAAACUAUCCAAACAAAUACCCGAAUGGACAGUACUGCUCCUGGACGAUCACAGUCAGCCCAGCCCAACAGAUCCACUUAACGUUCACAGACUUCAGUUUGCAAAACGAAAAUAACACGGACGUUCUGUAUGUGUACGAUGGAAAAAAUGUCACUGGGAAGGUGUUGGGAGUUUUCUCUGGGGGUCAUCGUCCACCCAAAAGAGGGAUCUACUCGUCGUCAAACAACAUGUUUUUAAUAUUCAAAUCUGAUAUGAAUAUCUCUUUCACCGGCUUCAGUGCGUUGUACAAUGCCACAAACUGUUUGAGUUAUAGCUGUGUCACUGUUGCCAACCAAACCACACAAACUACAAAAGUGACACGGUCGGGAAACAGUGGCCAUCUUGCAACGCCAUAUUCGUUUCCAGUGACCACGUUGUCAACUUCCACAAGGAGUGCAGUGAUAUCUUCUAUGAAGAGAUCA